AUGCACAUCCCCGAUCCCACCACCUUCGCUGAUUACUCCUCGACCCGGCUCGACACGUCGAUGACGACGUCGACGAGCGUCUCGCCGAUGCCGAGUGCGGCGAACGGCGGGGCCGCCACUCGUGUGGUGGUCCACGACGCCGUGGACUACGACGGCGAGAUGGACAAAGCAGUCUCGAAAGCGCAGCAGCGCGAGAGAGGCGACGACGACGACGACGCAGAGAGGGAAGAGGAAGGUAACAGAAAGCAGCGCCAACAUCAGCCGCAACAACGUCUGCCUCCGCCGCAGCAGCAGCAGAAGCAGCCGCGCCGCGACGACGAUGACAGCGCCACCCAGGCAACCACCACCGCAACAAUGAUCAAGGUGGUACCCACUAUGGUAGCCGGCAGCAACAACACACACGCCGUAGCGCCAGACGCCACGCCGCAGGAGCCACCACCGAAGCGCUUUGCCACCGGCGGCGAGGACGUCGUGGCGGAGUUGGGCUACGCCGUGCUGCACCGCGGUGACGGCGUGGACGACGACGACAACACCAACGAGGAGGCGGAAGGGAAGUCGACGGCAAUGCGGCCUGCGUCCGUGCGGCGCCGUCACCGUCGCACCGCGGCGUCCACCGUGGAAGAGGACGGCGACAACGGCGGCAUCGGUGUUGGCGGCGGUGAAGACGAGGGCGAUUGGAUGUCGGAGAGCGGCUCCUCCAACUCACGGCCGAGUGUCCGCCAAAGCUCCACGGUGCCCCGGCGGGCAGCGCACGCUCAUCAGCAACAACAGCCGGAUAAGUCCGACAAAGAGAGCCGCCGCAGGUCCCGCCUCGCCCGUCACGGCAGUUUGCUGGGUGGUGGCCGGUACAGCAACGACAGCGUCACGGCGAGCAUCUCGUAUGACCCUUCCCGCUUUAACACGCCACCGCUGGCACAACGGCAACAGCAGCAGCAACAAAAAUCGGAGGAAAGCCCUUUUACGCAGAGCACCAGCAGCGUGGGUCUGAAGCCAGAGCUGGGCGGUCACCCGAGUGCGAGCCAGCCGAGCUGCGCGACACCACCGGAGGCGCAGGCGCACUCGAAGGCCGCCGCACCUCCACCUCAACAGCAGCAGCAACAGCAGCAGCAGCAACAGGUAUUUCUCCCACCUCCGGCGCAGCCCGGCAUUCCACUCAUCGAGACCCGCUACGCCUUCCUCGCCCUGUCCUUUAUGAUGCGGAUGUUAUGCAAGCUGCACAAAGGCGAACCCAUCCCCUCCAGUGACUUCCACUCUCACUGCAUCCCACCCAUGUCCGUCACGAUGUACGUGGAGCGCCUCGUGCGGUACUGCACCGGCAGCGGCGAGGCCCUCCUCUGCGCCUUCCUGCUGUUGCUCAAGUACGUCUUUCACAGCGGGCACCCCAUCACCAUCUACAACGCCCACCGUCUGCUCAUCACCAGCGUCGUGCUCGGCAUCAAGCUGCGCGACGACGUGUAUUACAGCAAUAUUUACUACGCCCGUAUCGGCGGCAUCAGCGGGCGCGAGAUGAACAAGCUCGAGGUGCUGUUCCUGAGCAAGCUAGACUGGGAGACGCAGGUGCACGCGGCGGAGUACGCGGCACUGCUCGCGCUGCUGGCGGAGCUGGCGGUGGACGUGGAUCCGACACCGGCACAGCUGACCGCCUUUGCCGCGGCGUUUCCUGAGAAGGUCGCCGCCUACGUACCGGACGAGGACGAUGCCGAGGUGGACGAAGCGGCAGAGAAGCUUCGACAAGUUUCGACGUCAACAGCUGCCACCUCUCCGUCAUCUACACGGGCAACAGCGGAGGGGACGUCGAGCGCAGUCACGCCGGAGCCCGUCCUGUUGGACGCGACGCAGCGCAAGACCCUCCGUGGUGCCUACCGCCUGCAUCAGUGGCACACCCUAGUCGAGCCGUGGAUGGCACAACUGAAUGAGCACGUCUUUGCCCGCAAGCAGGAGAAUGCGCAAGCGGCGACGGCGGCCUGGCAGGAGGAAGAUGCGCGGUGGCGUCAGUACUACCGCGAUGACGAGGCAGCCGCGUCCCGGCUGAAGCGCGAGGACUCCCCCGGCGCGUGGCUGUCGCCGCUGUCGGUGCAGCGCCGUGUGACGUCCGCUUCAACUUUAGCGACGGCCCACAAAAACAACGUGGGGAGUGACCGUAGCAGGGCAGCGGCGGCGUGGAAUGACGAGCCUCCGUAUCAGUCAUCGUGGCCGCUCGCCGAGGGCAUCCCACACCACGGUGGCAACGGGCACAGUAGUUAUGCGGCCCAGCAGCAACAGCAGCAGCAACAACAGGAAUUGAAUCCGCGGUACAACAACUUCAUCAACUUCGCGAAUGCCGUGACAGGGGGAUACUUCGACGCCCCUGUUGCCUCGGGCAGUGGCGGUAUGCACCGGCACGCCUCCCCCGCUUCCAUCAGCCAGCAACAGCAGCCGUCUUCUUCGGUGUACAGCUACGGCCUGGGUGCGAGUCGCCGCGUCAGCAGCGCUCCAAUGGCAGCGGCAGGAUCACACGCCGUUCGCUACCACACCGCGGCGGAGCGGGCCCCGCGGCCGACCUCGGCCACCUUUGACAUCACCAACCGUGCGGCUGCGUCUACCACGGGAGCGGAGAUGGAUUCCACCGCGAGCAACACGCAUACGAGCAAUGGAUCCGCCAGCGAAGGCAAUUCGCGGCACAGCAACACGAGUGUCGCCGCCCUUGUCCCCUCGCAGCUUCAGCAACUGCAGCAGCCCUCCGUGUCAGGCACGACGACAGCGACAACCGCACGUGCGGCCUCCCCUGUCUCCUCCACAACUCCCGGCAGCGGCAUUAACGUGAACGCGCAGCCCUACUACUACGUGAGCAGUCGCAUGCGGAAGCAGCAGCAGCGGCAACAGCAGACGUCUGCGUCCGCACCCGUCUCAACAGCGGCGGCGCUAUCCCCGCCGUCCACGGACGCCUCACCGGACCGUCCGCGCAAUAAUUUGAUGGUGACGGACACCACGUCCUCCUCCUCCGGUGCGGCGCGGGCGACAGUGCCGAACGUGUCCUCCCCGACCGAGGUGAGCAGCCUCUGCUCCUCGGGCUCCUCGUUUACGAGCCCCGCGUGUGUGAACCCGCCGCCGCAUCACAACAACUACAGCAGCAGCAACAGCAGCGGCAUGGAAGCUGUGCUGGCCGCGAUGAAGCGUGGUAGCACGGCGGUCCUUUACACCGCCGACAACGAGAAGGUCGUGAGUCACGCAGACCCCGGCGAAGGCACCCGCCACAACAACAGCAGCGGUAGCACGACCGGUGCGAGUCUCACCUUCCCAGCACGGCCGAUUGCGAGGGGGAUGCUGGGGGGUGGUCACGAGGGGGAGCAGGCGGCAGCAGCGGCGACGGCGGCGGCAGCACACGUGCCACGGCGGUCCCCGCAGACGGCGUACCCGGCGCAGGUGCACCGCCGUCCCGCCUACACCGCGCAGCACUCGCUGGGCAAGAAGCGCUCGAAGCCGGACAGCUACAAGGACUACUAA